UCCGUCAAUCACGCUUUCGUGCGCAUCAAAAUUGGCCGGCCAUCCACCGAUCCGGCGAUCCCCCUUGCCCAAUCUUCUUCCGCGUCCGGCGCCCUUCCUAUCGCGGUAUCGCCGCUCCUCUCCGCUGCUCCCAUCCUUGGCCAAGCGCGACGGGGAACAAGCGGACCCGACGGGGAUGGAAAUGCAGCAACAGAGAUCCACUGGUGUAGGAGAAGUGGAACGGCAGUGCCUCCCCUCCCCCAACGGCGUCGUUCCUCUCCUUGUAGCGAUGCCGGGCGGCGGCGGCGUUGGCCCAUGGGCUUCCACAGCUGCUCCCUCAGUGCAGGAACGGAACUACAAAAGCCUCCUCCAUGCAUCCGAUGCUACAGACCUGUUGAAGGACCAUCAGAACACGGGCAACAACUUCGAGGAUGACCGUGAGGUGCCUUGGCUGAAGCACUGGCUCUCAUCUUCUUCGCUGGAAUGGAUUUUGCUGGAGAUGGCCUCCCAAUUCAUCGCGGCAGCCUCAGGAGCUGUUGGACCUAUUUUUUUUUUCCACGGUUUAGUUUUCAGAAGUCCAAUAGCAGCAGAAGUGGCGGCAACGGAGCAAGCCCACCAUAGCUGGGAUAUUCAGAUAUCAGCUUGCGCAGGUACACAGCAUAGGAUCAGCGAGCUUUCAAGUAUUAGCUUCAUUUAUUUUCAUGUGAAGACCUGAUUUCAAUAAGGUGGAGCACUCAUGUCCUCUUGCAUAUGGUACGAACACAUCGCAGGGGCGAAAAAGAGCUAGACCCAGCGCUGAUCACUACCGGAAAACCCAAAUUUGCCGAGUGUCUCGGCCUUUGCCGAGAGCUAAGACACGGGCACUCGGCAAAGACAUGGUUUGCCGAGUGCCAG